AUGUGUGGCCAACAACUGGAGAAGAUUGUUGCUUUUUGGACAUUAUUUUUCAUAAGGAUAGUUACUGGGCUUGCUGGAGAGGGAAGAUCUGUGUGGAAAAAGGACUCUCACUUCAGCCCUGUGAGUGAAACACAGAUGUUUUUAUACGACACUUUCCCCAAAGAGUUUCUCUGGGGUGUAGGGACAGGAGCUUUCCAGGUGGAAGGCAGCUGGAGGAAGGAUGGGAAAGGCUCCUCCAUCUGGGACCACUUCACCCACUCGGAGUUCAGGGAUGCUGACAGCACAGGCACCUCCAGUGACAGCUAUAUCUUGUUGGACAAAGAUUUGUCUGCUCUGGAUUUUUUGGGAGUUACUUUUUACCAGUUUUCAAUUUCAUGGCCAAGGCUUUUCCCCACUGGAGUGGUAGCAGCUCCCAAUGAAAAAGGACUUCGGUAUUAUAACACCCUUAUUGACUCUCUACUACACAGAAAUAUUGACCCCGUGGUUACACUGUACCACUGGGACCUGCCCUUGAAGCUGCAGGAAAAAUACGGGGGAUGGAAAAAUGAAUCAAUGAUUGACAUCUUCAAUGACUAUGCCACGUUUUGCUUCCAGACCUUUGGGGAUCGUGUUAAGUACUGGAUUACAAUACACAAUCCAUAUUUAAUUGCUUGGCAUGGAUAUGGCACAGGUAUUCAUGCUCCAGGAGAGAGAGGGAAAAUAAGAACUGUCUACUCAGUGGGACACAAUUUAAUUAAGGCUCAUGCAAAAGUUUGGCAUACCUACAAAGAACACUUUGAACCCUUUCAGAAGGGGAUGAUAUCCAUAGUCUUGGGAUCCCACUGGAUCGAACCUAACAAAUUGGAAGAUGAGUCGGACAUUUCUAAAUGUCAGAAGUCUCUGGAGAGAGUACUCGGGUGGUUUGCUAAACCUAUCCAUGGGGAUGGGGAUUAUCCAGAAGAACUGAAAAAUGAAUUCUUGUUUUUGCCACACUUUACUGAAGAUGAAAAAAACUACGUAAAGGGAACGGCUGACUUCUUUGCAUUUUCCUUUGGUCCUAGUAACUUUAAACCUCCAAACACUCUACCAAAAAUGGGACAAAAUUUGUCACUCAAUUUGAGGGAAGUACUGAACUGGAUUAAAUUGGAAUACAACAGUCCUCGAAUCUUGAUUGCAGAGAAUGGCUGGUUCACUGACAGCCAUGUGAAAACAGAUGACACAACAGCCAUCUACAUGAUGAAAAACUUCAUUAAUAAGGUUUUACAAGCUAUUAAAUACGACAACAUAGAUGUGUUUGGUUACACAGCCUGGUCCCUCCUUGAUGGCUUUGAAUGGCAACAUGCCUACAAUAUCAGGCGUGGAUUAUUUUAUGUAGAUGUCAAAAGCAAAAAAAAGGAAAGGAUUCCCAAGUCAUCUGCUCUUUAUUAUAAACAAAUCAUACAAGAAAAUGGCUUCCUCCUGAAGGAUUCUACCCCAGACUUGCAAGCGCAGUUCUCCUGUGACUUCUCCUGGGGUAUCACCGAGUCUGUUCUCAAGGCAGAAUCAGCAGCUUCCUCACCACAGUUCUGUGAUUCCAGCUUGUACCUCUGGAAUGUCACAGGGGAUGGGCUUCUGCACAAAGUUGAAGGGGUAAAGCUAAAAACCCGACCAGCACAGUGCACAGAUUUUGUCAGUAUUAAAAAGCAACUGGAUCUCCUGGAAAAAAUGAAGGUCACCCAUUACAGAUUUGCACUUGACUGGUCACUAAUUUUACCAAAUGGAGAUUUGUCAGUGGUCAACAGGCAAGUUCUUAGGUAUUACAGGUGUGUGGUUAGUGAAGUCCUGAAACUCAACGUUCAAUCCAUGGUCACCUUGUAUUAUCCAACUCACACCUACCUGGGCCUGCCGGGUCCUUUGUUGCAGACAGGAGGAUGGUUGAACCAAACCACUGCCUAUGCUUUUCAAGACUAUGCAGCUUUAUGUUUUAGGGAACUCGGUGAUUUGGUUAAACUUUGGAUUACAAUAAAUGAGCCUAACCAGCUAAGCAGUGUCUACAACAGGAGCAGCAAUGACACCUAUCGGGCAGCACAUAAUUUAUUAAUAGCACACGCCAUGGCCUGGAGAAUAUACGACAAGCAGUACCGGCCCUCUCAGUAUGGCAAAGUGUCCCUGUCCCUGCAUUCAGACUGGGCUGAGCCUGCCAACCCCUUCUUUGAAUCUCAUUCAAAAGCUGCCAACAGGUUUCUUCAGUUUGAAAUAGGUUGGUUUGCCAAUCCCAUAUUUAAGACGGGGGACUACCCAGCUACUAUGAGGGACUACAUCACAUUUAAAAAUAGAAAAGGCCUCUCACGCACUUUGUUGCCAUCUUUCACAAGUGAGGAAAAACAGCUUGUCAAAGGUGCAGCUGACUUUUAUGCACUGAAUCAUUUCACCACCAGAUUUGUGAUUCAUGAACCUCAGAAUGGAAGCCAGUAUGACUUUGAUCGUGACAUUCAAUUUCUGCAGGAUAUCACCUGCCUGAGCUCCCCUUCUCGUUUGAUGGUGGUGCCUUGGGGAAUGCGCAAAGUUCUCAGGUGGAUCAAGAACACUUACGGUGACAUUGACAUUUACAUCACAGCAAAUGGAAUAGAUGACCCAUCCUUAGACAAAGAUGAACUUCGAAAUUAUUACUUGGGCAAAUACAUACAAGAGGUUUUAAAAGCUUACUACAUUGACAAAGUCAAGAUUAAAGGCUACUAUGCAUUUAAGCUGACUGAAGAAAAAUCUAAGCCCAGAUUUGGAUUUUUCACUUCAGAUUCCAAAGGAAAGCCUUCAAUAAAAUUUUACAAUAGCCUGAUAAGCAACAAUGGCUUUCCUGCUGACUACUCAAUCUGUGGCUCCUCUAACCACAAAAAGCAGUGUAGCUUUUGCUUGUUUAUUUCUCAGAAGAAGCCAUUAAUAUUCUUUGCCUGCUGCCUUUCCUCCACCCUCAUUUUGCUUUUAGCUUUAAUUUUUUUUCACAAAAGAAAAAGAAGGAAACGUUUUAAGGCAAAAAGCAUCAAGUGCAUCUGUCUCUCAUUUUAA